GGACUUGUCCUAGCCUCGCCAUAAAUAUUAAAAAUGUUGAUUAAAACGAGAAGUCUGGCUGUUUUUUGUUGUAUGGAUGCUGAUUGCAAAGUGUCAAUGCACUUCAGAAUUUAUACGGAAUAUGGAGGAGCCGUAUAUAAAACCUUUGUAUCUGAAUGUGUCUGAGGCGGCAGAAGAAAAUACAAUCACUGUGUACGGAAGAAUUCGGGGACCAAGAGACACGACAGGAAAGAUGAAAUAUGGGACGAUUGUCAAAUUUGACAAAGUUUUUGAAUCAACAGAAGGUUCAACAGACUAUGAAUUCGUUUUGAGCCACGACUCACGAAGAUAUUGGCCGAGAAUUACGUUCAGUUCAAAAUCAGCUUCAGAAUCUAUGAAGAUCUAUUUGAACUGGAUCGUGGACGACCAAGUACAAUCCGAAUUUACCGGAGGAGAGUGCUUGGUCGGGAUAACUAAGUCCACCGAGAACCAUUCUACAACUUACACACCAGUUCUGCAGAACUGUGACCACCGCAUUAGUGAUUACUUUAAAUUUGGAUUAAAUGUAUCUGGUAAAGUAGUUAAGCUUCAUUCAGACAUGUACUGCUUUUCUGGGAAUGAAGAAUAUAAAAAGUACUUCACGUCUAACUGUACAACGUAUGGAGUUUAUGACCUGUCAUACGUUACCUUUCACGAAGGCAAAAUGGCGGCCGACAAUGUUGAACUUCUUUAUCUCAAUUAUAUGUUCGAUCCCAUGGGACCAUGUGCAUACCACUGUAUUGCAGAUGUGAAGGAAUGGUAUUUCCCAAUCGUUUAGUGGAGUGAAAAUCCUAUGAAAACAAUACGCUUGAUGCAAAAUGUAAUAUUUUCCCAAAUUAAAAAAAAGAAAUCUUACAGCAAUGUUUGAGCUGUCUGUCAGAUAUCUAUACCAUACAUACUUAAUUAGUGAGUCUGAAUAAAUUGCUUACAGAUCAUGUUAUAUUAAAGAUAAUUUUUAUUUAAUUUCCUGUGUAAGAGUGUUUUACAAAGGACAAAUCCUUUUAGUUGAUAACGCAACUCUAACUUACUCAACAGUAGCAUGCCAUGCGUUUAAGAAUUUUACUGUCAGGAGCCAACCUCGUUAAGAUUUUUCCUAAACUCUUGUACAUAAAUUUGACUUGGUACACUGUAACAUUACUUGUUUAUUUGUUUCAGGAAGAAAUAAAUGCUC